UUACAGUAACUUUAACUUUUUUUUAUAUAUAUUUUUGUUUAAAACGACAAUGAAAUGAAUGAAUGAUUUUAAUUGAGCGGCGGGGCAGAGGAAGGGGCAGAGUUUUGGAGUUUGAAAGAGAAAAUAUUGAUUGCAGUUGAGUUCUAAUGAGUAACGAAUACGAUUACCUGUUCAAGCUUCUCCUAAUCGGAGACUCUUCCGUUGGAAAAUCCUGCUUGCUUCUCAGAUUCGCUGAUGACUCCUAUGUCGACAGCUACAUAAGUACCAUUGGAGUUGAUUUCAAAAUCAGAACGGUGGAGCUGGAAGGGAAAACCGUCAAGCUGCAGAUUUGGGAUACAGCUGGACAGGAGCGAUUCAGGACUAUAACAAGCAGUUAUUAUAGAGGAGCACAUGGAAUUAUUAUUGUCUAUGAUGUUACUGAGAUGGAAAGCUUUAACAAUGUCAAACAGUGGUUGAAUGAGAUUGACAGAUAUGCAAAUGACUCUGUAUGCAAGCUUCUUGUGGGGAAUAAAUCUGAUCUCGUUGAUAACAAGGUUGUAGACUCAUUAACUGCCAAGGCAUUUGCGGAUGAGCUUGGUAUCCCUUUCCUUGAGACAAGUGCUAAAGACUCCAUCAAUGUGGAGCAGGCUUUCUUGACUAUGACAGCUGAGAUUAAGAAGAAGAUGGGAAGCCAAACAACUGCUGGUAAGUCGGCAGAAACUGUUCAAAUGAAGGGGCAACCGAUCCCACAGAAGAGCAACUGCUGUGGUUAGGUUCUAGUUCUACGUUCUGUUAUAGGGAGACUCUUUCCUGACUCUGUUAUGAUAUAUGGAUGUUUAAGUAAAUGUUAAAAUAUCACCUAUCAUCUAUUUAAAUCCUUGGAUUAUAUUGUUCUGAAUCUUAUGAUGAUUUCCCAUGUUUAAAAUGAAAGGGAUGCAAUUUCUCACA